AUGGCACAGGAGGGACAGGAGGUACAGGAGCUACUGAGGCUGACAGAUGCUUUGCUAUAUGUUUCGCUAGUUCAACAACUAUCAGCAUCGUUGCAAAAUGAAGAUCAAUUGUUGCAGCAACUUCAACUCAUCAGAUCAACCACAGCAAACACCCACCCACAUUACACCUCCGCUGCAAACUUGUUGAACAUUUUCUUGGUUUUCACUUAUCCCGAAACCGUGCCAAACGACUUGGUGACUGAAAUUGCAGAAUACAUAAUCCUGGGGAGAAACAUUGGCGGUAUUAGUGAAGAUGACAGAGUUUUAGAGCUAAGGGCCGCACCAAUUGACAAUGAAACGUCAUUAAUUCAAACUGCCGAUGAUUUGCUAGAUGAAACCACAGCACAAGCUCGGCUUUUGUCAUUCGAGUAUGACCAGUCACUACCAAACAACUUGAACUUGUUGCGUUUCAUCCAGGCCAAGACGUUAAAGUUGAGUUCCUUCUACAAUGACUUGAAGGAUAUCGACUCCUUUUAUAAAAAUGUCGAUUUCGCCGAGUUUCAAGAAUGGAACCUCGGCGUGCUUGAUCCGUAUAGAUACUACUGGCUGAAGUUUGCCAGAGCCAAUCCCGUUGAUCUGAGUGACUUGAAUGCUUGCCUCAGUUCGCCUUUCGAAGUCCAGUUUCAGAUUUUGGUGGCGCCGAUCGACAGCGGACACGUCAAGACUUUAGAACCUUGGUUGAGUCAUACUAUAGUGCCAUUGCUUAAAUACAACAAAUUCAAUUUGGAGCCAUUGCUGAAAUGGAUGUUUACCGAGUUUCAAGGCUCGCUUUUAAGCAAGUUUGGGUUGUGGAAUAUCGCCAUUACCUUGCUCUUGUCCCAACAACAACAAAAACAAAUCCCAUCCGCUGAAAUGCUGGGUAUUCUUAACAAGUACUUGACCGCGUGCUACUACUAUGCGCUUCGACGCUCUGAGUCUGGAUUAUCGUCUGUUGAGUUGACUAAAUUGUACGAUACGAUGGGGGCCACUUUAUCUGCAAUCAGCAACCAGAGAGCUUUGCCUUCACCAGCCAUUGCAUCUCUUGACCUUAACCUGUCAGCUACGACAUACGACUCGUUUGACGAGUUUUCAUCUGCAAAUAACCCUUUGUCGCCAUUGUUUGAACCUCGCAAUGCACCGUUCCUUCGUGAUGCCGUGACUACGUGUCAGCGAUUGUACCCGAUUAAUAAACUUACACUAAAGGAGUAUUUGGAGUUCAAGUUCAAUCCAAGCGACUCCAUGCUUCAAAAAGAAGUUUCCAAAAUCACCAGCAGUAUCAAUUCGUCAAAUUAUGAACAAUUGCUUCGUCUGGUUGACGUUUUUGAAGAUGUAUUUGUCUCGAGAGAGAAAAAGGCCAAAAUCGACUAUGUCAUUCUUGAGAGAUUGCUCAUGGCAAACUUGUUUGAUCAAAUUGACAACUUGAUUGAUGGAGAGAAAAAAUUGAAUUUACCAGUGGGGCAGAUUUACGAAUUGGUUAGUGAUAAGUUGUGGGACUCUUUCAAUUUCGCCAGUAAUAUCAACGACAAGAUUGGUCAUUUGCAUGAAGCGAAACGAUGUCUUGAAUUAUUGGAGAAACUAACAAUGAAUGAUGGUGAUGUGCAGCUUGCUAAAGACGAGCGCGGGCAAAUUGUCAAGCUCAAGCACUUGUUCAAGGCCAUGGCCGCGAUGAAGAAUUUCAAGAUUGUGGCUGAGAAAAACAAGCCUUUCACUCCUCGACAACUACUCCAGUUUUCGGGACUGGCCUCGCGCAGUCAGAUUAGUCAGAUUGACCAGAUUGACGGCAAGAGCUGCUUCCAACUACUCAACAUUAUCCUCGAGCAGAAUCCGAAAUCAUACCUUGCAUUUGAGAAGCUAUUCCGAAUAUUGAACGAUUUGCUCUUAUAUUUCGAAGGCGACGACGAUGACGCCCACGACCAACACGAAGCGAGCUUCUACUUUAACAAGUUGAAAACCGCCUGUAUUGAAAGCGCCCUUGUGGAUAACAACUUUGCCUUUGCAUAUACUCAAUCCGUUGAGCUAUUUGAGCAUUUCACGAGAUCACACUUGGUGCCUGCGGGAGAGUUUUGGCUUACUUUUUACCAAGUUGGCAAAUUUGUGUCUCCCGACUGGAUCGACGCGGCGGCGCCACAACACGAGAUGUUGGACAUUUGGAUCAAGCAACGCCAGAUCUUGUCAUUGACCUUGGAGAAAAUCGACUGUGGCGAACAUGUUAGGGUCAUAUUGGACCAAUGGCAGAGACUCAAUCUACUGGUGGAAAGACAAAGCCGUGAAUCCGACGUUGAAAAGGCAAAGCUAUUCGCCGCUGGUGGGGCUGGUGGUGGCAUAAACGAAGGAGACGUUAGCUCAAGAACUCAGGAGAUCAUCACUGACGCUACAAAGACGAGCAAUCACGCUGGCGAGAAAAUUUCAAAUUUGCUUGUUUCUGGUUUAGGCUGGGCCAUCGGCGCUCAUAAAUAG